AUGGCUGACCCCCGGAAGCCAUACCUGCCACGGCCGAAACCCUUGUGCAACAACAACUGCGGAGGGGUGUUUGAUGAAGACAAAAGGCUGGGCGAAAUCACAUGUCCAUGUGGUUAUGGCUACUAUGACUUCAUCAAGAGGGAAUUUAUCGAGGGAUCGCUGGUAAGAAGCGGGAGGGCGCCAACCAAGGCUGAGUAUCAAAAGCACGUCCAACAGUGCAAACAUAAAAUGUACGGCACACCAGUGGUCGGGUUUUUGGGGGCCAUAUCACCGAAUGGAACGGCAAUGCCUUAUAGUAGUACUGCUACUAGUAUGAGGAACGAUGCCGCCCCAAAAGAUCGCAAUUCUAUCAAGGUCUCUAAAAGGGGCAUCGAGUAUGAGCCAUUGGAUUAUUAUCUUUCGGAAAUUCUGAAGAAAUCUGUCAGAAUUGAGGGCGAAGACGACGAUGAUCAGACCUAUUAUGAGAUAUAUGGAAUAUCUUCUCUUGCACCAGACGCACAUAAACACAUCGUCGAAGAUUCCAGAGCUUGGAAAUCCGCAGCCACUCGGAGAAGCUCUUCGGGGCUAGCAUAUAAAGACUCGGAGAUAGCAAAAAGGCGAGAAUCAAUCAGUAGAGGAUCUCAUUCUUCGAGUCGCACCGCAGAAACUUUUGAAAGUCCUUCAGCAGAGAUGCGACAGAAUGCUUACUCCCAACAACUCCAAUCGCAACUAUACCACUAUCAGCCAAACUCACAGACGACUUCUCAAUAUUCUGGAUCUGCAUCGCUUUCUGAGGCCGACCCGCUAAGCGGAUAUGCCAACCUUAGUCCCUAUCACCCCAUGGCUCAAGGGUCGACGAUAACGACAACACAAUACAUGCCCCACAUAAGCCAAGAACCCUCUCUAUACACGAACCCAGGAUAUCCAUACCCGGGCCAGAGCCUCGGCAGUGCUAUAUCGACGAAUCCAGAGGUCACACGAUCAAGUGAAAGGUCUGCGGUGUCACGCCAUGGACAACUCCCAACUAGGACAUUAAAUUCUAUUUCUUCGACCAAAACACCACAAAUUUCGAGCGGAGGUCGUGUUUCAGAAACCAGCAUCAAUAACCUGAGAUCAGAGUCGCAGCAUCGAAGAACGGAUUCAGGAAUUGGAGGGGUACAGGGCGGGUUUGCUGGGCAGCACAGCAGGAACAAAGGUGCUGACGACGAUAACAAUGACGAAGAUGAAGCAUUCUCGGACGAGUACGAAGAGAGAAACUCAAAGAGACCCUCCAGUAAGAAAGAUUCAAGGCAAGAGCCCAACGGUGGAAGGCGGCGUAUGCAAGUCAAAGAGAACAGAAGUGAUUUUCCAAUUCCACGACGAGAAUCAAAAUCAUCGAGUUAUUAUGACCAAGAUCCCAACGAGCCUCGAGGUCGCAAUAAUAAAGGAGAACGUCGCUAA